GUUCUGUUUUAAUUUUAGUAAGUUGUUCCAGGGUUUUUCUUCCAGAAAACACUACGAUCGGCUCAAAAUGUCAAGAGAUUGGGAACACAACUUUAGCAGCAUCGUAAAGGAAACUGAGUCAAAUCUUGCCAAAGUUCGGCAAAGAUUAGAUGUGCCAAGAUACCAAUCUAGAGUGGCAACUAACAAUCAUACACACACUUCAUUUUCAUCCAAACCAUCAACAUUGCCCAGGAACUAUGUCACAUCGCCAACAUUUGCUACAAAUGGAUUGUCUAGUUAUAGUAAUUGGCGUUCUCAGCCACAUCAAAAGUACCAGAGUCUGUAUACCUCCCAGACAUCAGAAGGAGACUCCAUUCCUAGUACAUCCACAGAGUCACCGGCGAUGGUUGCCAUGCUGACUGAAAAGAUUGAGAAUCAGGAUAAAACUAUACAUGCUCUAAGCCGUCAAGUAGAAACAAUGGAACGGGAGAAAGAUCGUACCCAGACCCAUCUAAGACGUGUUGACCAAGAACUCUCUUCCCUGAGUAAUCGUCUUCAAGAAGGCGGAGUUCAUCUCGAGACGGAGAGGAAAGUAGAAGGUUGGAAGAGAGAGGUCACUUUACAGCUUGGUGACCUUCAAAGUCAGGUCAUAGGUCAACACAGGAAUGCUACUGAGGGUGGUUAUAGUGAUGAUGUACUGAACUCGUUGACAAGGGAGGUUCAUGACUUUAAGCGUCAGAUGCAAGAAGAUCUAUCUGGGUGUAGAAGAGAACUAGAAAGCCUUAACUCAAGACUAAUGAGGCAUGAGAUAAAUAUCGCCAACCAACAAGCAGAUGGUAAAGAUUACAGUCGCAGGAUAGAUCAUCUAGACAGGACAUUGACCAGUGUAUGUGAUUCCCAGCGAAGUCAUUCCAGAGAAUUCAACCACUCGCUUCAUGGCAGACAAACCAAUGACCAAGAAGUAUUACAUCUAAGAUCGGAGAUGAGUCGGCUGAUGUGUACGGUCGAUAGACUCGAGAAUCAAAGGCCCCUGAUUGGCUCACAGAGACUGACUCAUGAACAGCCGAACUCAGUAGGAAAAAACUCAUCACUCGGUAACAACUCGUCAAGUGCUGGUAACUCGUUUAACAAGUUAUCAUCAAGUAAAGACACCAGUAGCAAACGAAGUCCAGAGAGGAAACUAAGAUCAAGUCGACCACACAAGCUGCCUGCAGCUCAUAUCCGCCAGGUAUCCGAUAGUGAUGAAUUUGAUGUGAGUUUGAGUCUCGCUAGUUCGUCAAGUGAAGAUUUCUCACUCGACCUUCCUCCACACCGAGCUAAAAAUGUGCAAAGAAACAUGUAUUCAACAUAUCCUAAGGAUGAUGAGAACAGUGAUGCAUUCUCUGAGAUGACCUCAGCCCUGAUUGAUCACGACCCCACAUUGGACCUUGUAGAUUUGGCAAGCACUCCGUCUAUAAGCUCAAUUGAGUUUGAUGGAGAUUUUCUUUAAAUAUUUACUUGUAUAAAAUGUGUGCUGAAAUAUCUUGAAAUCAUUCAUACUUAGUCAUCAUGAAGACUUUAACAAAAUGUUUCUUUUGAUAUCUACGUUUUAUGAAAUUUUAACAAAAUGUGCAAAAAUGUAGCAUUUGAUUUUUGUCAGGUUAUGCAGUGAGUGUGUUUUUUUUGGUAAUGUUUGGUACCUAGUCUCAGGUCAUUUUUGUGCUGCAUUAUUCAGAUGUGUAAUAAUUGUAAUUGUAAUGGGAACGCAUGGGGUGUUGUGGCCGAGCGAGCGAGCGAGCACCAAACGCAAGCUCUGGUGUUUCUGUGUAGCAGAAUAUGGGUUUGAUAUGUGUCCCUGAGCAAGACACUUGACUAUAAUUGCUUCUCUCCACCCAGGGGUAAAUGGGAACCUUUAAGGGCAGAGAUGAUUCUUGUGAAUGAUUUAGCUUAGAAGCGCAUAUUGGUUGUGCAGGCUGGGAGCUGAGAUGAUUUAAGUUAUGAAUUUAAGGGGCCAGUGACCAGGGGUAAUGGAUGUUGGAAGCGCUUUGAGAAGCCCUGCUGGUGUAAAAAGUUCGGUAUAAAAACUAGAAGACAAGCUUAGACAACAAACUGAUGUAUUACAUCAAUUCUGCCUUGUCAUUACUUGAUCAAGUUCAAUCUGUAACCUUUAGUUAUCUAGAGUUGGACUUGUGCACCCAAACCCUGUCUGUUCAACAAUGGUUCGGUAGAUAUAAUCUACCAUAACCUUAGGGCAUGGCUUUACCAGUGCAGGCGAGUGAUCUCUCAGGAUUGUUUCUGAUUUCAGCAAAAAAACUCCUAGACUGACAAGCUAUUUUUCAGAAUGAUGACAUCCAUUCAAUCUCAUUUCUCUGUACUGUUUCUUAGUUUGAGGCAGUGACAGCCAAUGAUAACAGGAAAUUAUUGCCUAAUUUUAAAGGCAUUUUUUACCAAAUAAAAAUUAGAGAGUAUUAGUUUUGUGGGAAAAUCUAAGCAUUCAGAUUUGCUCAGGAAAGAUUUACUCAGCUUCUCCUGGCUGAACAUCACAUCUUCCAACUCAUUGAAAACAUAUUUCCAUUGCACAAAUGCAAAAUAAUCUUUAUAUUGAAAUCAUUUUCUGUGUGAUGACAUUCCAUAACUUCCAAUCUGAUUUAAAUAUUCUUUCCUGAUUGGUCGAUAGUGGCUUAAGUCAGUAGUUCAGUAUAAAUCCACACAGACCACUAUUCCAUAAGGCCUGUUAGCCAUGACUGAGUGGAGGGCAAAAAUCUUGCAAACUUAUCGUGGGUUUUUAUACAUACUAGCAAACUGUGGCGUGGAGCAUUAGUCACACAAAUACCUAUUAUUUGUUAGGUUGUUUCUUGUAGAAACAAAAUAAAUCCAGGGGUGUUAAAGGGGAGUUAGCCCCUCCCCUGCCCUUUAGCCCCUCCCCUGCCCUUUAGCCCCUCCCCUGC